AUGUUGAAUGCUUUGGUGAUCUUUAUCAGCUUGACCACGUCGAAAUAUCUUCCGCAGGCGUUUGCGAUCUUUCUGUUCAAGCCGCAGGCCGACCUGAUCCAGUGGAGACCUUACACCCCGCAACCCGUCACGGAAGACUUCCAUUUGAUGGCUAGUGAUUGCCCCGGGGGCGCCUUUGAUAUAAGUGGAAGCCUUGGAGUGCAUCAUGUGCCAACGCCGCUUCUGGGGUGCAAAAUGCUGCUCCAGAACGACGAUGACAGCGAUCGUGAAGUAGAGAGACCUAGAGAUCGUGUGAUCGACCAGACUUGCAACGGCAUCAAAUGUAUCUUGCCCCAGAAGACGAACGAAUUCCUCAUCCGUGGCGAAUUCGAAUGA